AAUUCCCUGAGGGGAGAGGAAGAAUGUCAAGAUUUACUUCUAUGCAGAAACUUCUACAGAGAAGCAGUUCCCACCUUAACAUCUCUUCCCAGCUCUGUUGGUGAACUACCUCUUAUGAAAUAAAGAAAUGGAUGGGAUGGAUGAAACAUCUAAAAGAAUCCUAGAGCCAUACCAGUAUUUACUUCAACUACCAGGUAAGCAAGUGAGAACCAAACUGUCACAGGCCUUUAAUCACUGGCUGAAUGUUCCAGAAGAUAAAAUACAGGUUAUCAUUGAAGUGACAGAGAUGUUGCACAAUGCAAGCCUACUUGUGGAUGAUAUUGAAGAUAACUCAAAACUACGACGGGGCUUUCCAGUGGCACACAGUAUCUAUGGAAUUCCAUCUGUAAUCAACUGUGCUAAUUAUGUGUAUUUCCUUGGCUUAGAGAAGGUUUUAACCCUUGAUCAUCCAGAUGCUGUUAAAGUUUUUACCCGUCAACUUCUGGAACUCCAUAAAGGUCAAGGCUUGGAUAUUUACUGGAGGGAUACUUAUACCUGUCCUACAGAAGCCGAAUAUAAAGCUAUGGUACUGCAAAAGACAGGUGGUCUCUUUGGAUUAGCUGUAGGCCUCAUGCAGCUGUUCUCAAAUUAUAAGAAAGACUUAAAGCCACUCCUUAACACACUUGGCCUCUUCUUCCAAAUAAGAGAUGACUAUGCCAACUUGCACUCUAAAGAAUAUAGUGAAAACAAGAGUUUCUGUGAAGACUUAACUGAGGGCAAGUUCUCAUUCCCCACCAUCCAUGCAAUUUGGUCAAGACCUGAAAGUACUCAGGUGCAAAACAUUUUACGUCAAAGGACAGAGAACAUAGAUAUAAAAAAAUACUGUGUACAUUACCUUGAAAAUGUGGGUUCCUUUGAGUACACUCGGAAUACAUUGAAAGAGCUUGAAUCUGAAGCCUAUAAACAAAUUGAAUCGCUUGGGGGAAACCCUGAGCUUGUAGCACUAGUUGAACAGCUUAGCAAAAUGUUCAAAGAAACUGAAAAUUAAAAGUUAACUGCUGGCAGUGGAUGAAAACUAUUUUCAAAAGGAGGAAAAUAACUAAACUUCACUUUCAUUCAAGCAUAUCUGCAAAAUUUAUAGUAAAGAUGCAGGUUAAACCACAUGAAUCCUAGUAGUGCUCCUCACCUGUCCUAUGGAACAAACAAGUUCUCACUCAACUCAUUGAAAAGGCAUUUAUUGAGCAUCUUGGUUUACUAUAGCAUAGCAAGUGGUGGAAGAUACCCCAAGGAGGCCUGACAUGGUGCUUCUAGGGAGAGCGCUGCAAAACUUGACGUUAAUUUUUUGUGGAAGACUAACUGAUGUGAAGGGAAAACACAGAUAAUUUUCUGCUUUUGAACUCCAAAACAAACCAUGAAAAUACAUUCUACUUUGGUAUCUGAAUUAUACUGUCAGUAAGCAGUUGCAUCUUUUCUUGAUCACAAUUUCAGUCUCUUCAUAAAAUGAUUCAGUUGUUAUUUCUGGAGUAUGUGAUGUAAGUUAAUCAUUCAGUGAUUACUGAAGUCUGUAAAAAGGAAAAAUGGCAUACACAUUUUUGGUUAUGCUGUUUUGAAAUCACAAAUUGGCCUGUUCUCUUGCUGUUAUAUAGUAUAUGUUGUUCUGCACUAAACUUAUCUGAGCGAGGUAGACUUUUCAACAAAUCAAGUUAUUAAAAAUCAGGCUAACACCAAUGCCAUGUAAACAAAUUAAAUGGAAAAAAAAUAUAUAGUGUUUGCAAAGAAAAAACCCACAAAGUUACUGAAAAAUAGAAUUGCAGAUAAUUGUGAAGUUAAUAUAUGAAACACGGAACUAACUCCUACAGUGCUUCUAUGGCUUUAAAUAAAGAAUGUACGGAUAGGAUGUAAAAGUCAAAAACUACAGAGAGGAAUUGUCAUUGCUAUUUCCAGAAAUGUAAAAACUGUGCUAUAAUCAUGUUAUUUUACAACAACCAAAAAAUGUUCAAUAAAUUCUGAAGUCAAAACCUUUUUCACUUAAGUGCUUAUUAAAUGCAGAAGCUGCAAUUCUAGGUAACAAGGUGAAAAUGUUAAAGUGAUCUUGUUCUCUUGGCAUUGGGACUGUCCUGUUUCUUGUCAAGUACAUUUGAUGAACUAUAGCUAUUUGUUGAUGACAAUGUUAACACAGAAGGAUCAAGCAGUGCAAAGAAGUAGAAAGAAUAAUCAGUAAGUUAUGCUAUUGUUACAAUUUUAGAAAUACUGAAUACAUAACUUCAAAAACGUGUAGAUUCUGCAUUAGAUUCAUGCAUGUAGAUUCCUGUACGUAGAAUGGCUGCAUUACCUAUCAAACACGUUGCUGGGGCCAGAAAGACAGUGAAAAGUGUUUUCUUGUCUUCAACACCUUUCCUGGCAUGCGAUCGAAGUGGAGUGUGCUCUCAGGUUUGUGCUCGGGAACAGUGAAUGAGUCUGAAAAGGAGAGCAUUGAGGACUUACGCCAUUGUUUCUGCUGUCACGCUGGUGCCACUAUGUAGCUUCAGCAUCAUUCAGAACUGGAAGAGAUUGUUCCAAGGGCGCCCUCUGUGGGACUUGAAUGGGCUCAGAAACCCAGACGAGAGAACACCACCACCACGACAGACGUGGGAGAAAGCCUUUGGUAAAGGCUCCCUGUGGGGAGCAGCUGCUUUAUACCAGGCAGUAAAGCAUGUUCAUGAGGCCUGUUGUUUUAAGAUCUAAGCCAUCAUUGUGCCAAAGAAUGUAUGUAUUAUCCAGCUUAGUUUGAUCGGAAUAUGCUAGUGUUACCAAAUACCUGUACUUUAUUUCUGUAAUCAGUAUCACAUAAUCAGCAAAAGGUGCUAUCAUGCUGCCUGCCAAAAGAGUACAGUUAUCUAAUGUAAUGGAAGUCGAGGUACAGACCUGAAGUAGCUUCUCAGUUUCUUACUAUUGUGAUUGUAUCAGGCUUUGUAGUCCCAAAAUUAAACCUCUACUUUGUUUUGAAGCACAUCAGUGAUGAACAAAUGUGGAAAAUGUCAGCUAGGAUACUUGGAUCUUAUAGCUACAGAAUUGUGUGAAACUAUUGGAUCUUGUCAUACCUGUCUCUGUGAAACUCAACAAUUGCUACUUAAAAAAUAGUCAAGUCUAUAACUUUUUGCUGUUAAUCUGCACACAUUGGACAUCUCCAUUCUUAUUUUAUAAACUGUUUCCUAAUUAUGGUUAUGGUUUCUAGUUAUGGUUAUGUUUCUUCUCUGGACCCUCUUCCACUUAACUGAUUUUUUUUCAAAUAAUGGAUGUUGAAAUAAAUGCAGCAACAACUGUAGCACUGCUGAA